AUGAAGAAGCUCUUCGAGAAUGCAAAAGCGCGAAAGGAACAGUUGCACGUUGCAUUGCACUUUCCCUCGACUCCAUCUGCAUCUGUGAACUCCACAAUGCUGGUGCGACGCCACGAAGACCACGUGACCCAAAGCAUCACCAAGAUCAAGACAACGAUCACAUCGACAAUCCAGUUGGCGUCGCGAAUUUUUCCAACUCGACGGCGAGUUCCCAAACAGGUCGGUCGCUCUAUGGCUGUGCGAUCGACGUCGCCAAUACACCGCUUGGUGAACAAAGUGUCGAAAACCACCGCAGCUGCCUGCCGUACCCUCACGACGGCUCUGCGCGUGCCCGAGGCGAUGGCAAAACCUCUGGCAAGGUUCACGAGCCUCGCACACAAGUACGUGUUCUCCAAGAUCCCGUCGUUCAAAGUUCUCGACAAGCUCCAAAAGUUCGCCAAAAUGUUCUUUUCGCGCGGCAUGACGUCCGCCCUGCGAUCUGAGCGCGCCAUGCAGCUUGUCGAGCGAUUUGUGCGAGGGUGGGUCGACCGUGCGAAGUGUCGCAUUGAGCUCCGCCAUUACAAAGCUGCGGUCCACGCCGCUGCUACCGACAAAGUCAUGCGGCUCUUAGAUACGACCACAGCCCACGUCGCAUCCAACUUGCACCGAGCUUGGCACAUCAAACAGACUCAAUAUGCUCGGGUCAUUCAGCACAACUACAGGCACGCUGCUUCGCGAUGGGCGCUGGAAGCGCAGGACCGCUCUGCCGCCGCACAGUUCCUUCGAGAUGUGGGCCCCGAACACCGCCGUAAGAAUUCCAGUUAUCUUGACAAGCUGAUGUUGUGCCAUGCCAAAGAGCGUGAACUGCUUGUUUCGACACUCAAGCGUGUCUGGGCUCGUGAAGACUUUACGCCGAAUGUGCCGCGAUCCCACCGACUCCACCAUGACGCCCGCCCUCCACGCGGACUGGCGCCGCUGUCGCCUGUAAUGCCACCCCACAUCCAUGGCGUACGCAAAAUGGGCAUCAAGAAGUGGCACCGAUUGAAGGAACACGUCAACCCAAAGCAAUGCUGGGUAGCCAUUCCCAUCAACGUCCAUGCCCAGGACAACUCGUCCCCCCAAAGGACCCCAACGCUCUUGCCCCUUCGCCACCCAUCGCACUAUCGACUUGACUAUGACUGGAUUCCAGGAACGCUCAUCCACGAUCCGCCCAAACCGCCCCCGACGUUUGAAGAAAAGCUGAAUGCAUUUGAGCAAGCGCGUGUAUUCAAAUCCAAGGCAAUCCAUUCCACGACACAGCGUGCUCGACGAUCCAGCGGUACCUUGACCGGCCCACGGACUUCAAUGCCGCUCAGAUAA